AUGGCGAAGCUUUUCAUCGGCGGCCUAGCCUGGCACACCACCGAUGAAACCCUACGCGAAGGAUUCCAACAGUACGGGACAGUAGAAGAGGCCGUCGUUGUCAAGGACCGCGAUACGAAUCGAAGUCGUGGCUUCGGAUUCGUGAGGUUCGCCACCAGGGCUGAGGCAGACAUUGCUUUGUCUAACAUGAAUAACACCGAGUUCGACGGGCGUCUCAUCCGUGUGGACCAUGCGCAAGACAACCGACCUGGUGGUGGCCAACGAGGUGGGUACGCUCCCAGAGGCGGAUAUCCCGCAGGAGGACAUAUGAGUCGCGGCGGCUAUGGACCUGGACCGAAUCCUUUCUCGUAUGGCCGUGGCGGCUUCCCUGCGCCGUACACCCAUGAGCGGCCGCCGCAGCUGCAGCAGCCAGGCGGUCAAGGGGGACAGAAUCCCUACCAGGGAAGAGGAGGUGGCGGAGACCAGAACGGACCCUGA